AUGCGACCGACGAUACACAGGCCGGAUCUGGGCACUCUGAGAGCCAUUCUGAAUGGCCACGCAGAUCAGGAAACCGACAAUGACACGAGAAAAAGGGUCAAAUUGCUCAGAUACAUCAUUGUCGACGUGUACGAGGAACUGGUGACCACGUUUGUACCGCGGUGGACACAUGCAGACUGGGCCUGGUGUAUGAGAGUUGUGGUUGAAAAGUGUCUGCGAGAUAUCAUGCGUAUGGGGCUCAUCACCUCUAUCUAUGAUCUUGUCUAUUCUCUGUUUGUGGGUUAUGUGGGAGCUCCUGUCACGAAGGAACGCCUGCUGAGGUUUGCCGGCGGUUACCACAACCCCUCCACCAAGUUCAAGGAUGCCUACGAUAUUACUGUGGCGUAUUUCAGCAUGUUUGAUCACGACGAGAAGAAUGUGCAAGAGUUCUUGGCCGAACAUGACGAGACUACCGCUCUGGAAUACCUUCAAAUGGGCUACCUAGAAAAGACACCGAUGUUUCAAGAACAAGCGACGGACGAUAUAGAGGUGCUGGAGACCUAUUUCGCUAUCCGAACGUACCUCUGGCGAAACGCAAGGUCGGCAUACUUUCAACUGAAAAGAGAUGGCGUGGAGGUUUAUGACUUUGAUGUUGUUUUCGAGCAGCAAACCCCUCCUUUUCUGCCGAAUGUAUUCAUCAACCUCGCACUCAUCUUUUUUACGGCUUGUGGAUGGCUGCCGGUAGGAGACAAUGUUGGACUGUUCAGAUACCAGAACAUGUGGUUGGAGAACAGAACUAAAGGAGACCCGGGACUUCAGGACAAACUGUAUGCCUUGUUUAGAGCCCAAGGAAACCCCAGAAGUGACUGGGAAACGUGGUGGAAGAAGCUGAAUCCACUUCAGCGAGAUGUGGCUCAUGAUCGCAUGACUCUCAUAGGUCCUGGACUGCUGGACGUGGCUUCUACGCCCUCACCCAGACCCGUGGACCAAUUCCUGGUCAUGUUUCCUAGGGCGACAACAGAAGUUAGCCCAACAGUUCAGCAUUUUGUGGCAAAUCAGCUCCAGAUGGGCCAGGUGCUGCAUUCUGAGUUCCUACUCAGCAUAAGGAGAUACAACAAGAUGAGAUGGGACAGAGAGCAGUCGAGCAGGCUGAAAAAAGAUACCGGCACCAAAUGGGAUGGCCCGAAAGGGUACGAAAAGAUUUACAAUACGGUUCCAUCCGGAUAUUUUGACAAUUUGGUGGACAAGAACUUCUAUCUCGAUGACUACAUCUUUGAGGACAAGGUGUAUGGUAUUCCUAGCCCCGCUACUGAAGGCAGACUGAUGGGAUUGCCGUUCCAAGAGCAUCUCGAGACACUUCAGAGAACCAAGGAGUUUUUCUUUUUCAAGUCCAUGUUCACAGACUCACGUGACAAAAUCAACACUUACUACGGCAUGUUUCUCCAGGCAUGUAUUGAAUACUCCAACAUACACGACCCAGAAAUAUGGUAUAAUGAGGACGAUGAUUGGGUUGAUUGGUAUGUUACCGAUGAGGAGCAUCCUCUGGUGGUCAAAGACAGACGACUAUUUGUACAGCCGAUGCCGUCAGAAGAGAGAACUCUGGUGAUAGAAGGAGACGAGUACCAUGUUUCUGAAAGGGGGACUGUCUGCUACGCCUAUGAUCCUGAGGGAAAGCCCAUCUAUGCGACGGCCUACUACUGCCAAAAAGUGCUGGACAAUCUUCUCGGUAAGUGUGCUUUCGCUCCUCUUGUGGGAGUCUGUCACAAGAACAGCAACUACAUGGUCCAGUUACCUCGAUUGGAGGUGACAGAAUACAUGGGAGGAGAAACAGUUUUGUUGUGGAGAGGUUACGAGUUGGUGGAUUUGGACUUGACGUAUUGGCACAAACAUCUGGGCCAUGCGGACAAGCAGAAGUUGAAGAGGUAUCGAAAGGUGAUCAAGGGGAUGCCACCGUAUUUCUGGCAGUCCAGAGCAGCAUGUGAGGAGUGUUGGUAG